AUCCCCUUUGGCCGACUCUUACUGACCUCAGAGCUCAGCAAAAAUGGUUCAACGUCUUGUUUACCGAUCACGUCACUCUUACGCCACCAAGUCCAACCAACACCGCAUCGUCAAAACUCCUGGUGGAAAAUUGACUUACCAGACGACGAACAAGAGAGCUAGUGGACCUAAGUGCCCUGUUACUGGCAAGAGAAUCCAAGGGAUUCCGCAUUUGAGACCUGCUGAGUACAAAAGGUCAAGGUUGGCAAGGAACGAGAGGACAGUGAAUCGUGCAUAUGGUGGUGUUCUAUCUGGAGUUGCUGUUAGGGAGAGGAUCGUCAGGGCCUUCUUGGUUGAAGAACAGAAGAUUGUGAAGAAGGUUUUGAAGCUUCAGAAGGCGAAAGAGAAGACUGCACCAAAGAGUUAGAAGAAAACUUUUUGGAGUCUUAUAAGAUCUAUGGAGAAACUUAUUUUGUAGGGAUCGAUAGACAUGAGUUUUUGUUCACGAAAAAAAGAGGCAAAUGUUUGUUUUUUGAUAAUUUCUGAGUUCUGUUUUGUUCUCCAUUCAGAUUUUACUUUCUCAAAGUGUCUCCGUUUGUGUUCAUUGGUCUUUUUUUUUUUCACUGGAAAUAUAGAUUUCAUUGAUAGAAGAUCUGAGUACAAGAGCUGACAAGAGAAAUACUCUUCCAGAGGCUAAGUCGGAGAGUACAUGGAACCUCCCGGGGACUAAAAACAUAUUAAAAUGAAACAAGGGAAAAAAACCCGAUCCAACAAAUUACACCACAUCUGAUCCCUUUACUCUACCUAAACACGCAUGGGUGGUGAGAUAAAACCAACAUUCAAAGACCCGAAGGAGUGAGAGCCUUAUAAAGGAGAGAACGAGAUCGGGAUCUUCAGGUGAAAUUUCAGAAGUCUGAGGCGAAAAUUCGGAUAGAAACGUCUCUGCCUUGGAUAGAUUGGCCAUAUCUGACUCUGCUCUUGAAAAAGACAAAAGACAAGCAGCAAAAACCUAGAAAGGAAAAGUUUUAGACUUUAUAUAUCUAGAUCUGAAAAUUCAGAUUCAAAACCGUUGGAAGAAAAUCUCUCAGAUGUGUCUAAAGAGAAAAUAAAACAAAGGUAGAAUAAGAGCAAAACAAAAGACCCCGGUUCCGGUGCUGAGAAAGCCACCGGAACCGGUAACCCUAAAUACAGGCGGCGGCUGGAGUUUUAGAGAAAAGGGAGAGUAAAAUUCUAAGAGAGAGAAAAGGGCGAACCGAAAAGUUUGUGUUCAUUUGUCUAUUGGUAUAAU